AUGGAGUUUGACAACAUGUUCCUUCCCCAGAGCGACGCGAUCGCUUCUGGGGACGGGUUUGACUACAACUUCGACGACACGGCGACUGGCACUAUCUCUCCAGCUGAGUUGAUGCGAGCUGAUUCGUACAUCAUGUCCAAUCCACCGUCUACUGCCUUCCCAAACCUCAGCACUCCAGACUCCAGCUACCUUGAGUCUCCUGCGAUGGCUUCUAGCGGUCUAAACACUUCUCCAAUGGACAAUGGUCUCCUCGACAGCACACUCGACUUCUCGCAACUCGACGCGAUGGGUCCCCUCUUCCCUCCUGACCUGGAUCAGUUCGGUGAGCAACUCGUCGACGAAAAGCCACGCCGAGAUGCAAGCUUCACUUCACUCAAGUCUCAGUCCACUCGCUCUGCCUCGAAUAACGGUUCUCCCAUGGUUCGACAGAAGUCUUCUCCUGGUCGACCACCAGCACCAUAUCCUGCCAACGUUCCUCACAUUCGCAAGCACUCUGAGUCUUCUGGUAUCUCCAAGAAGGUCGUCCGCAAGGAUCUUCCUGAAAUUGCGAUUGACUCUGAGGACGACAAGGAGACUGCGAAGCGAAAGAAGAACACGGCAGCAGCUCGGAAGUCUCGACAGCGUAAGCUGGAGAUGAGCGAGGCCAUGGAAGCAGAGAUCAACCGGCUACGAGGCAUCAUCUUCCGUAUGGGUGGUGAUCCUGAUGCCGAUUGA